GCACAGGUUGUCACACUUGGGUUUAGUGACGGUACCGUUUGGCCCGUAGCAGCAACCGCAGGAAUUACUGUCUGUUAAGAAAGGCUACUAUUACAAAAUGGCAGGAAUUGAUUUGGAAAACCGAGAUCCAAACAACAUCAACGACCAUUUGAAGGUCCAGUUUGAGGAUGUUUUGGCUGAGCCCGAAGGUGCACACAGCAUUGACUGCUGCUGGAAGUUUACCAACACUUGCUUCAACUGCGCCUUCAAAUGCUGCUACAUGUUGAUGACCCUGUGUGGACCUCUCUACGGUCUCUACUACGGUUGGAGUUACGCCAUGCUUGCCUGUGCUCACAUUUGGCAGUACACACCACAGAUCAAAGCUUGCGAAAUCAACUGCACCAUGAUGAGGAAAGUGUACACCAUCUGCCUCAACUGCUGCCUGACGCCUUUCUGCGAGUCCUGCGGUGCCUUCUUCAGCAGGAUACAAGUCAAGCAAUAACUCUCAGAUAAUCCCAUGGCGCUCUUCAACAAUGCAAAGCAUCUCACACACAUUUCAAAUAUCGUGCAUUGUCAUGUUCUGAUAUGGAGCACAACCUUCAUGUGUGGCUGUAAAUUAGGAACUGAAACUCGAAGAACAUCCGUUUAGUUGUCUAACUACAAAGUAUUUCGGUAUUUGUUUCGGCUUGGAGAUUAAGGACCCUGAGUUUAUAUUUCUCCUGUUGAAGAAAGAAAGGACAAAUUUUUAGUGCCUAAAUGUUUCCAUUUGUGCCAUGAUCAGGAUCAAAACAAUCAGUGCACAAUAUAAUAUUGUACAUAUCUAUGUUCUCAGUUGUUUCUGUAAUCAAUAAACCGUUUUUAUUAACUUAA